AUGUUGAGUGAGGAGACUGUGACCCGCCAGCAACAGAUAAGUGGACAGGGUUGGAAGAGUGGGAGAAGUGGAGGUGGAGAGGAGGAGGGAAGGGAAGGUUUGGAGGGCUCCUCGGACGACGCCCCCACACCUGGCGGCGAGUCAGAGUUUUGGCGGGACAUUUGCUCAAUGAAUGACUCAGUGCCACUCUCGGAUAUUGGUCGUCUUUUAUUUACAGAAGCUGCUGCUCCUACUGCCUGUCUGGACGAUAUGCCGGCCGCGUUGUGCACAGGCUGUCGCAUGACGACCGCAUUCAUGGACGCAGCGCGCAUCCCUCAGUGCUUCUCUGUCCUUCCGGACAACAAUGCAUUUUGUGAUCAGGCAAGCAUCAGAUCUGCUCCGUAUGACCAUAGGUCACACCAUAGUCUUGAGACAAAUCGAGCACCAUCGCACCCACCCAUCCUUCGGAAAGCGGAAAUUUAUGGAAAUGAAACGUGUUCGCCGGUAUUACUGCAAUGCCGAGAAGAAUACACUAAGUCUGAGUGGGAAAAGAUGUUUUCAAUUUCGAAAAGUUCAAAAAUUUUGAUGACACCCAAGGAAAAGAAAUGUUUCUAUCUCAAUAAAGCCACUUACGACUUUCUGGAACGAUAUGUUGUUAUCACUGAUCUUUCAGAAGGACUACACGAUAUUUCUUACUAUAUUAUUCGAAAUAAUUUACUUGAUGCGAACGUUUUGCUAAAACUCCUUCACAUGAAACUUUCUUUGACCGAUAUGGCGACCCAACCCUUUGCAUAA